GGAGCCUAUAAAAGCCGGCGACGGUGCGACCCGCGGACACACGGUGCAGGCGCCCCAGCAGCCGCCGCUAAACCCGCUCCAACUCCUGCCUUGCUCCGAUCCACGGCGCGACCAUGUCCCAUCACUGGGGAUACGGCAAGCACAACGGGCCUGAGCACUGGCAUAAGGACUUCCCCAAUGCCAAGGGAGACCGCCAGUCCCCUGUGGACUUUGACACCAAGGCCGUCGUUUAUGACCCGUCUCUGAAGCCCCUGUCUGUUCGCUAUGAUCAAGCGACUUCUCGGAGAAUUGUCAACAACGGUCACUCUUUCAAUGUGGAGUUUGAUGACUCCCAGGACAAAGCAGUUCUGGAAGGAGGACCUCUCACUGGCACUUAUAGAUUGGCUCACUUUCACUUCCACUGGGGUUCGUCUGAUGGACAAGGUUCUGAGCACUCCGUGGAUAAAAAGAAAUACGCUGCAGAGCUUCACUUUGUUCACUGGAACACCAAAUAUGGGGAUUUUGGAAAAGCUGUACAACAACCUGAUGGACUGGCUGUUUUGGGUAUUUUUUUGAAGAUUGGCGAUGCUAAACCAGGCCUCCAGAAAGUCGUUGAUGCGCUGGGUGCCAUUAAAACAAAGGGUCAGAGUGCUGACUUCACUAACUUUGAUCCUCGUGGCCUCCUUCCUCAAAACCUGGCCUCUUACUGGACCUACCCGGGCUCACUGACCACCCCUCCUCUCCAGGAAAGCGUGAUCUGGAUUGUGCUCAAAGAACCCAUCGCUGUUAGCAGUGAGCAGGUGGCGAAAUUCCGUACCCUUAGCUUCAGCGCGGGGGGCGAACCCGAGGACCCGAUGGUGGACAACUGGCGCCCGACUCAGCCAUUGAAAGGCAGACAAGUCAGAGCGUCCUUCCAGUAGGAGGGUCCCAGAGCCAGGGUCCGAUGAGGAGUGUUUGGGUUUCCCUUUAGCUAAGCGCAAAUCUACCUUGGUGAAUUGGACCCUGGCUGCUUUGAGUCUGAUUUUCUAGGCCCUUCAUCUCUCACUUGACAUGAUUACUACUAAAAUGUGAAAACCUAGACCAACUGAGAUGCUUGAAGAAUUGCUGGGAUUGGGGCUUUGCUGUAUUGGGAGUGGCCUUUCUGUAACAGGGAAUAUAGUAUAAGGAGUAAGAGAAUAGCCUUGAUUUUGUUCACAGCACGUGGAGUGAGGCUCACUCACACCAAAAGGCUGUUUUUAUAACACAGGAAAAUAGAAUGAGUGCAAAUCCAUAUAAUGAGACAGACUGAACUGUGCAGAAUAAAUCAGGUGAAACAGUCAUGAUGCUAUCUAAUGUAAACCUGAUAAAGAAAAUGUCCAUGAUUCCAAAAUAGUAUAUGAAAGAAAAAUUUUUAAUUUUUAUCUAUUUGCAGCAAUGUUAUCUUAAAUAGGAAUUGUGCUAUAAUUUAGAGACUUUUGAAUUUACAGAGCUGUAAAUGAAGUACUAUCUUAAAAAUUGUUAUAGUUGUGAUACAGAGUAUAUUUCCAUUCAGAUAACAAAUCAUAACUUCAUAAAUAUUGUAUUUUAGAUAUAUUCUCUAAUAAAAAUCUGGAAUUCUA